UAAGGCUUUCCAGGUUCCGGUUGUUCUUGGGUGUACUUUGAUGUGUUUUUACUAGGAUUUUUAAUAAUUUUGAAGUAAAUAUCGGUUUAGUCUCAUUUUUUUCAACAGUAAAAAUGAUAGUCUACUGAUAUGCAGUAACGACAAGGAUUAAUAGCUGCACCGAGAUGAUUGUUCGGAAAUAAAGACAGCACAGGGCUAGGAAAAGAAAGAUGGCAGCAGCAGCCGGGGCAGCAGCCUGGAAAAUAACAGGAGAAGAUCGUGCCAAGCAUGAUUCUCAGUUCUUCCAACUCAAACCAAUCAAUGGCUUUGUCACAGGGGAACAGGCUAGAGGGUUUUUCCUUCAGUCAGGCUUGCCAAUGGCUGUUUUAGGACAAAUAUGGCAACUUGCUGAUAUGAACAAUGAUGGGAAAAUGGACAAAAAGGAGUUUUCAAUAGCAAUGCAUUUAAUAAAAAAGAAGUUGCAAGGAUUUGAGCUUCCUAAAACCCUCCCACCCUCACUAAAGGCCGACCCUUCCCCAGCUAUGGGGUCAUUUGGUACAAUGUCCACUGCAGGGCCACCUGUGAUGGGAAUGGGAAUGCCUGUGAUGGGAAUGGCUCCAACAGCUGUAGCACCCAGCAGUAUGGGGAUGCCCAUCAUGACUAAUGGUGUCCCAAUGAUGGGUCAACAGGGAAUGAUGGGAGUACCAGCAGUCAUGGGAGCACCUGCAGUUUCCAUGGGAGCUCCUGCUGCAAUGAUGGGCAACAAACCAAGAACUGGUUCUUUUGGACAACCAGGGCCAGUACCAGCUGCUGCAGCAGCAGGGAAUAUGGCAAUGCCUCAUCCAAGCAAACUGAAGUAUACACAGAUGUUCAAUUCUAAUGAUAGACACAAACGAGGUCAUUUAACAGGUGUUGAAGCAAGAUCACUGCUGGUUCAAACUGGUCUACCACAACCAAUUCUGGCUCAAAUCUGGACGUUAGCUGAUCAUGAUAAGGAUGGUAAACUAACCUGUGAUGAGUUCUGCGUUGCCAUGCACUUCGCUGACCUGGCCAAAACGGGGAUUCCCCUCCCCGCAGUGCUGCCCCCUGAACUUGUUCCUGGUAAAGCUCGGUCCGGGAGCUUUAGCGCCCCAGCCCCUCCGGCUUCACAAGAAUUAUAUACAUAUUGGGCUCCUUCAAAGGGGGAUGCCUUUGGUGACCUUCUAGGGGGGAUGGGAAUGCCCCCUCCCCAACCUGCCCCUCCAGCUGCUGCCACAAAUGGGGAGGAACAAGCUCAACAAGAAGAUGUCCAUGGCUUUACAUUUGAGGACCGUCGUAAGGAGAACUUUGACAAGGGCCAGGCAGAGUUAGAGAGGCGACGUCAGAUGUUACAGGAACAGAUGAAGAGAGAAAACGAGGCAAGGAUGGAGAAAGAGAGGCAGGAACAGGAAAAACGAGAGAGAGUCAGACAAGAACAAGAAAGAAAAAGAUUGGCAGAAAUGGAAAGACAGAUGGAGAAACAAAGACAGAUAGAAAGAGAGAGAGAAGAACAGAGACAGAAAAUGAUGGAACAAAGAGAGGCUGCGAGGCGAGAACUAGAGCGACAGAGACAGAUGGAGUGGGAGAGACAGAGGAAAGAGCAGUUAUUAUCUGAGAAAGGCCGCGAGUACGAACAGCUGGGUAUAAUCAAGUCACGGGCCAGUAAUCUCAAGUGUGAACUCGAGUCACAGGUAAGAAAAUCCCCUGCCUCGAGUGAUACGUGGGCGGCAUUCUCUAACGACACUCAGUCGUCCUCUACGUCUAAUGAUAUCUGGUCAGCUGCCUUCGCAGAUGUUAAGACUGAUACAGCCACGGGGAGCGAUAUCUGGGGCAGUGCUUUCUCUAGUCAAACUACAGUGACCUCAUCCAGUAGUAAAGGUUGUAAAUAUAAGGCCUUGUAUCCUUUUGAGGCCAGAAAUCCAGAUGAAUUAAGUUUGAAUCCAGAUGACAUUGUUUGGGUCCCAGAGGACCAGACGGGGGCAGAGGAGGGGUGGCUGGGAGGAGAGAUGAAUGGAAAGAAGGGCUGGUUCCCUAAAGACUAUGUGGAGAAACUGCCAGAGGAGCAAUCUAGUCAAUUCAACGCCUUUGGCAAUGCUUUCAGUUCAGAACCUGUAGCUUCAGCAUUUCCCCAGAAAGAAUCUCUGUUUGAUACACCAGCUGACUCACCAACACCUGGCCAGGGAUCCACUGCCCCCGAGGGCCUUCAGGCCCAGGCCCUUUAUCCGUGGAAGGCCAAGAAAGAAAAUCAUUUGUCUUUUAACAAAGGGGACAUAAUCCAUGUCAAAGAACAACAAGAAAUGUGGUGGUCAGGGGAGCUGAAUGGACAGACUGGUUGGUUCCCGAAGUCCUACGUUAAACUGGUCAGUGGACCAGGCUCCAAACAAACAUCGAGAUCUGGAACACCAAUGGCAACAAGUGCAGCACCUGCUGUGGCUGUAGAAACCAAUGAUAAGAGUAGUACACCCACCAUUGUGGAACACACUGCUGAUGCUGAACCCUAUGUGGCCAUGUUUUCCUACACUUCCACAGAACCAGGUGACCUGACCUUCACUCAGGGGGAGACAAUCCAGGUGACCAAGAAAGAGGGUGACUGGUGGACAGGGUCAAUAGGUGAAAGGUCAGGGAUUUUCCCAGCUAACUAUGUCAAGGCCGCAGAACAACAGUCCAAACCUUCACCUAGUCCUGCCCCAGCUGUACAACCCACAGUUCAGGCCCCUCCACCACAGCCGGCCACCAGUCAACCAGCACAGAGUCAACAGAAAACGGGAACCAGUUCAACACUCAAAAAACCAGAAAUAGCUUCAGUGAUAGCCGCAUACACCGCAACAGGAGGUGAACAGCUGUCCCUCAGUCCUGGUCAGCUGAUACAGGUCCGCAAGAAGAGCCCCAGUGGCUGGUGGGAGGGGGAGCUACAGGCCCGUGGUCAGAGAAAGAAGAUUGGAUGGUUCCCUGCUAACUAUGUCAAGCUUCUGGGUGCGGGGUCAAGUGCUAGAUCCACUCCAGAUAACUCCUCUCAGAGUGGCUCACCCGCAAGCACAUUGCAUCGGACUGCCACACCCACAAUUCCAGCACCCCAGCCACAGAAAUCUGCAAUUGUGGAGAAUAAAUAUGUUGAUCAGGUGAUAGCCCUAUACCCGUACACAGCUCAGAAUGACGAUGAACUGACAUUCCACAAGGACUCUGUGAUUAAUGUUGUCAAUAAGGACGAUGCUGAUUGGUGGCAGGGGGAGGUAAAUGGAACAGUCGGAAUGUUCCCCUCUAACUAUGUCGGACCCCUGGUCUCUUCUCCUCCUCAAGAAAACACAUGGUCCAGUGAUCCCUCAGUCCUGGCCCAGACCUCCUCUGUGGAGAGUAAGAGACAGAACUAUAUACACGAGCUCAUCAACACAGAAGAAACCUACAUGUCAGACAUGUCUAUAGUGCUAGAUGCUUUUUAUCAGCCAAUGGCUACUGCGGAAGUCAUGACUCCAGAAGAAUUAGAUACAGUUUUUGUUAACUGGAAAGAACUCAUUUUGUGCAAUACUAAACUUCUCAAGUCAGUACGAGUUAGGAAAAAGAUGUGUGGGAAAGGGCAAGUCAUUCAGAUCAUUGGAGAUGUUCUUUGUGAAAAUAUACCCCACAUGACCCCCUACAUCAGAUUCUGCAGUUGUCAAUUGAAUGCUGCAGCACUGAUACAGAGAUACACAGAAAACAGUCCAGAAUUCAGAGAAAUCCAAAAGAAAUGUGUUCAGAAUCCCAAAACCAAAGGGAUGCCCCUCAGUAGUUUUCUAUUGAAACCAAUGCAGAGGAUCACCAAAUAUCCACUCAUGAUACAGAAAAUUCUACAAUAUACCCCAGAAAACCAUCCAGACCGUCAGAACCUUGAGGAUGCCCUCGCUAAGGCAGAGGAACUGUGUAAUCAGGUCAAUGAGGGGGUGCGGGAGAGGGAAAACUCAGAUAAGUUAGAGUGGAUGCAGAGUCAUGUCCAGUGUGACGGCCUUCAGGAGAAACUGAUUUUUAACUCUGUGACCAACUGUCUAGGACCCAGAAAACUACUUUAUCAUGGAACUCUGUAUAAGGCCAAAGGUCACAAAGAGCUGUGUGGCUUCCUGUCCAAUGAUUUCCUGCUUCUGGCCACGCCCCUUGGUAGUGCUACCUCAUCUUCUUUGUUUGAUUCCAAAACCAAGGCUCAGUAUAAAAUGUAUAAAAGUCCCAUAUUCCUGAAUGAGGUGAUGGUGCGGAGGUUAGGAGAGGAUGACAAUGACUGUUUACUACAGGUGUCACAUGUAGACCGUGUCUACAAUCUGAAGGCUCCCAAUCUCACAGAAAGGGAGUCCUGGGUCAGACAUAUUGAUGCUGCUUCUAAGCUCUUCCUUGACACAGAGAAAAAGAAAAGAGAAAAGCUUUUCAACUUGGGUCAGAAAUCCCACAUGAUGGGUAGGCUUUUGGUGAUUAUCCAGGAAGGGAUUAACCUCGCCCCCACAGCUGAUGUGCGCAAGAUUAAUGGCGUUGGUCGGUUACUGGUUGUGCUGCAGGAGGGUUGUGAUUUACAGGCCAGUGAUGUCAAUGGAAAGAGUGACCCUUAUUGUGAAGUCAGUAUGGGAGUACAAGAACACAAAACCAAGGUCAUCAAUGCAACCUUGAACCCUCGAUGGAAUGCCUCCAUGCAGUUCACCAUCAAGGACUUAGAACAAGAUGUGUUGUGUAUUACUGUGUUUGACAGAGACCUGUUUUCUCCAAACGACUUUCUUGGGCGUACAGAGGUGAGAGUCAAUGACAUUUUAAAGGAAUCCCAGACACGUAAAGGACCAAUCACAAAGCGUUUAUUAUUACAUGAAGUUUCCUCGGGGGAAGUCGUAGUCAAACUAGAUUUACAGCUUUACGAGAACACAUGACCAGAGCAGAUGAAGUAGGACAUGUGUUUGUUAAAGUCAUAUAUACAGCUUGUGAAUGAGUUCGGAAGCUGGACUUUGUUUUAAAUUAAUUUCAAUGAAUGAGAUUGUAGACCAAUUCCAUAAAAGAUUUUUUUAAAGUGAUGUCAAAAUGCAGGUUAUUUAACUAUCACCAUCUAUGGUCAGCUGCUAGCUAGAGAUGUGACAGUAAUGUUGAAGUAUGUCAUAUACAGUGUAUUAAUAAGAUUAAGGUUUCUAGAUGAUUAUCAUGUAAUAAUUUCUCAAUGGCAGUACAGAACACACUUCUUAAAGAAGAUUUAGAAAAAAAGUGCAGUGUUUUUUGACUGUUUAAAUUUAGGGUCAUGUCAUUGAUCAAUGCUGAAGGCAGGUGUGAAAUUUUGGGACCCAUGCAACUGGGUUACUUUUAUAGUUUCUUAAUAAAAAUAUAUUGCAGAAAAGUAAAAUAUUUAUAUUAGUAAAGUGUUUUAACAUGAAAAUGAUUGUUGAAAUUGAAACAUUUCUUCCAAUAAAUAUGCGCUAAAUUUUAUUCACUAUGUAAGACUCAUUAUAGU